UACGUCACCUGCCUGUCACACGUGACAUUCCCAGCCAGUCUUCAUUGCAGAUUUGUUUUUGCGAGUAAAACUUUUCCAUACUCCAAGUUAUUAUCAUUACGUAAUUAAGGCUUUGGUGACAUUUUUGUGAUAUUACACCAUGGGAAGCCACCAUAGUCAUGAGGUCAAGUCUGGAGGAGAAGGGAAUGCGAGUGGAGGCAGCACGCCUAGGGGCUCUCAGAGAGGCGCCGGGUCGCGUUCCGGGUCUGGAGGAGAUCUCCAGGGCCUGUCGGGGUCAGCAGAGAAACAGGAGAAAGCGCCGUUAUCAAUGGUGCCCGUGGAAAAACUCGGCAAGUUGUUAGCACAGCGGUCACAGAAAGAAGAUGGCGUCAAUGGAGUCACGGAAAAGUCUUUUACCAAAUACCUGUUCCCAAUGUACCCGGAGCUGGCGCGUCAGUUCUACAAGUACAUCCACCGCGUGGGCAAGUGCAAGAAUAAGCACAUCCCGCUGUCCACGUUCCGCACACAGUGCGAGAAGAUACUCAGCAUGCUCGACGACGCCGCCAUCAUCGAUACUUACGUCAGGAUGUUCAGCAUGGAAACGGAUGAAAACAACGUGACGCCGGACGGACUGCGCAGCCUGCUUUACACUAGCUACAAGCUCUCCAUGGACCACUACCCUGAAGGGCCGCAGACGUGUCUCAUGAUAAACAAGACGUUGUCAGCGGUUGUGAACGGGUGCUUCAACAAGAAGGAUUCGCACAGCGUCGGGUUCGUGGUGCGCUGGCUCGAGGAGCAUUGUCAUAGGCUUGUGUUUCCCGUACACAGGUACUGCGUGCACCUGCUCGCGACGCGGCACCGCGACAUGUCGGCGUGCGUGGAGUCGGACGGCGCGGGCGCGGGGCUGGAGCUGGCCACGCCCGUGCUGGAGCGCGGCGCGCGGCGCGGCUCGGCGCUGCUGCCGCUGUCGGCCGCCUGGCUGCUGGCCGGCACCGCGCCGCCGCUCUACAGCCGCCCCGUGCAGCCGCCGCCGCAGAACCCGCACGGCGGCGGGCUGGCGUCGGCGGCGUGGCUGGCGCGGCUGGUGUGCGCGGUGCCGGUGCACUGGGCGCCGCUGUACGACUCGCGCGACCACGGGCUCGGCGCCAACAGGUUCCUGCACCACACGCUCGCCUACAGGGGUCCCACGCUGGUGAUGCUGCAGGCGGAGGAGCUGGUGGUGGUGGUGUGCAGCCCGCAGGAGUGGCGCGAGACGCAUCAGUACUGGGGCGGGCCGGACAGCGCUCUCAUACAGCUGCUACCGACGUUCCACGUGGUGGAGCACGCCGCCAAGAUGUUGUACCUGAACACGUCGAUCCGCGGCUACCCGAAGGGUCUCCGCGCCGGCUCCGACCCUCGCAAGCCGCUGCUGUCCAUCGGCGAGGACUUCGACUCGCUCUCGUUCAAGGGCGUGCCGUACCCGCUGCAAGCUAUUGAGGUGUGGGGCUGCGGAGACCAGGCGUCGCGUGAAACUCAACUAGAAAUCAAGAAAUGGCAAGUGAGAGAAGCGGAAAGGCAGCGACAGGUGAAACUAUCAGCUGCCGACUGGAUAGAGCAUCCCGAUAGAUACCUACUGGAGCUGGCCGGCAGACCGCAGUACAACAACUCUGCCAGCUAGCCUACGGAGUGAAGUGGUAGUGCUACUGACAGGUGCCAGGGUACUGACACUGGCGCCAGGGGACAUGUGUUCACAAGACAAAGUGAUUAGUGCAUUAUGACUUGAAGAAAUAAUUUGUGUAACCAAGUGUUUUAAGUGCUAAAGCCUCAGUAAUCUAAUAAUAGUGUACAGAUAGAGGCACGAAUCGUGAGCACACUCGUGAUUGGUCCGUUUGUCCUCCAACGCGUCGAUGUGCAACGUGAUUGGUUACUCAAUCUAUGCUUGUUGUCUAUUGGCUUACACAUGCCCUAUUACGAGACACUUUCAUCCAAUUUGUACUCACGCGUACUGAUCCCCGCCACUUUUUUUGUGCUCAUGACUUGACCUAUUAUUGUACAGUGUAAACUGUGAUGUUUGAUUCCCAAAUCAGACAAAAUGUUUUCAAUUGGCCAAAAAUGUGACUUUACUGGGAUUAAAAUGCCUGACGCGGUGACAGGCUCGCUUCCUACCACACAAUUGAGCAGAAAUGGGUUUUGUGGGUGUACUAGAUGCAUCUUAACCUGGGGAAGAUCUCAAUAAAGGCAAACAUACAGAGCGACAUCGUCGUGAGCAUAAAUAAAGCUUCUUAAGUCAGGAUAUAAAAAAGCCAGGGGUUCAGAUAUAAACUCAGUCUACAAUAUAUGCUUGUGUAUUCCUUUGUAUCUCAUCCUAGAUAUAUAGUACACUCGCCUUAAUGAAAAAAACUUUAAGGCCAUGUUAAUUUGUGUUCCAAAUUGUAAUAAAACCUAUAUCAGUGUUUAAAUAUUAAAUUUGUUUUUGAUACUCACUCAAAGCUCUUUAUAGCCAUGUCUAUGGACAAAAUAACAAAUUGUAAGAAUGACAUGGCAUUUUCGAUCUCCAAUAUGAAGUAUAGAGAUUGUAACUGUCUCAAUUGUUUCAUAACCCGAUAAGUGAUUUGGGUGGUGAAAAAACUUAAACAAUUGAAUUUUAUAGUUCUACAAAUUAUCAAUUAUUUGGCUGAUUGUAUGAGGUGAUUCAUUUAUAUACAGAAGCUAGAUUAAACCUUGCCCACUUUUUAAGAAAAAAUAUUAUGUAUCAAAUGUGUUACUAACAAAAGUCCUCAGGAAAGAGAUUAAGGUAUUACAUUUGACUUUUAAUUAACAAUAAUAAUACAUACAUAUAUUUAAUAUUUGAAUAAAGUUACAUUGUCUGUAUAGUUUUACAUGUUAGUGUGUUACUGAUUUAAAAGACAUUUUGUAUGGAUUUAUAAACAUACUUUCAUUUUUCUUUGAAACUGAAUGUGAAUGUCUAUAUAAUUUUGAAAAAAUAACCAUAUAUCUAUUAUACUAAUAAAUAUAAGACUAGGCAGAAUGAUUUUCUUCUUUUAACUAAAAAACUAUAAAAAAUAUACAUAUUACUUACAGCCAGUACUUAUUUUGUACUUAAAUAAAAAUUCUUUUUAAUUUAUUUUAUAAAAUUAUUAUUCUCAUUUACUAUUAAAAAGUUGAUGUAGUUUUUGCUCAUAUAACAAUUCCAUUUGGGCAUAAGGUAGCAUUAAAAUGAACAUUUAUUUAUAAUCUAUGGUGGAAUGGAAGGUGCAAAAUUGACAAACUGUAGACUAACUUACAAAAUUAACAUUAUAUAAGAAUAAAAAGCACCAGUUACAAUACUAAUAAAUACAUUUCAAUGACAUAGCAUAAAUGUAAUUUGUGUAGCCAUACUGCUUCCAUUAAAUUAAAUUAAUAUAAUUCAAGCAUCAAAAAUGGCUAGUAACUUGUUUAUUGUUUUUGCCAUUGACAGCACAUUAAGUAUAAGUUUCUCCUUCGUGUUUUUAAAGGGGGCUUUGACAACACUUUACAGGUAAGCAGUUGUGCUUCUAACAUGUUUAGAAACGCUAUAAAUUUCUCUUUAUAUAGAAAUAUUAUUUUAUAAGAAAUAUGCUCAGUAUACAGUAGUCAGUACUUUGUUGUCUAUGGUUCAACCAAUACUUACAAUUUGAUUGAACAAGAGUUUAUCGUUCAGCCAAUAAUUUGCUGAAAUGUUCUAAUUAUGAAUAUUUUGGUGUUAGAAUUUAGAACGACGGUAAUGUUUAUUUUUUAAUGUUUUAUUGACUAACGACAUUGUUCCUAGUGUAAGCCAUAUAAAGUCAUUGUUAUUUAAUAUGAAACGCUUUUGAAUAAUUGCCGAGAAUGUCUGAAUGAUAAAGCCUACUUAACGUAAGUAGAUUUAGGGACUAAGUUUUACCAAUGAUAGAUAAGUGUUUUUCAUUUACGCCGAUUUUUUGUAAAUGAUAUUUGCUUUAUUUUUUAUGGUUCGGCGUUUACAAAUAAGUUUUGGUUCGGGACAUGGGUGAGACGGGCUGGAGAGAUUAACUCCUAUAGAAGUGCUGAUUUUUUUUAUUUUAAGGGAAUCUGUACUGCACACUUUUUAUCAAAAUAUAACCCAAGACACGAAAAAUUGCACGAUUUUUUUUCAUUGCUACGACAUUUUGUUCAAUGGCACAUCUAAUAAAACCUUUCUGAUGCGGCUGCUUGUACCGGUUCGGUCUAUAAAUUGCGCCACAUUGUUUUGCAAGGUGGAGAAUGAUUUCUUCAAUAAUACUUUUUAUGUACUGUCAGACAUAAAGCUAGCUAAACAAAUUCAGAAUUUCCAUACACUUCUAUACAAUAACUUCAAUGGAAAUAUUUUUUCAGUAUCUAAAAUAAAAUAAAUUAUUUGGUGUUUAUUUUAGGUAAGAAACAACAAUUGUUUUAACGGAUAUAAAAGUUUACAGGCGAUUUUGAUGUGUUCAGCUACUUUUGCUUCUGACUGUACCUAUACAUCACAUAAGUUAGUGUCAUGAUGAUGCACACGGCCUUAUACGCUUUUUAGGUGCUAAUGUAGAUCGUUUUUGUGCUUUAAAAGAUAUGUGAGGACCUACAGUAUACAUUAAAUAGUUUGUAAAAUGACGUAAUAAAUAUAUUUUAAAUACA